AUGGCGUUUUCCUUCUCUUCCCCUUCAAUCACAUUAUUACUCCUCCUCAUCCUCUCAUCACCCCUUCUUCUAUCAACACAAGCCCUGCUCCUUCCGGUGAUCGCCGGCGACGAUCGAACUGAAGUCACCACCUAUAUUGUGCACGUUGAGAGGCCGGAAAACACCAGUCUUUUAUUCGAUGACGAGUGGCUGACAAGUUAUCACCUCUCCUUUCUCCCUAACGCCACUCUAGACUCCGGCGAGCCGCGCCUUAUAUAUUCCUACCGCGAGGCUAUAAGUGGCUUCGCGGCAAGGUUGACGGCAGAUGAAGCUCGAGCAAUGAGAUCUAUUAACGGCUUUCUACAUGCUUAUGUUGAUCGCCGGCGACGUCUGCUCACCACACAUACGCCGGAGUUCCUCGGCCUGAGUAAGAGCGGCGGCUUCUGGACCUCCGCCGACUAUGGCAGAGGCACCAUCAUCGGAAUCCUGGACACCGCCGUAGAUAUCAGCCACCCUUCCUUCAACGACAACGGGAUGCCGCAGCCGCCGCCAUACUGGAGAGGCGGCUGCGACACCUUCCCCUGCAACAACAAAAUCAUCGGCGUCAAGUCAUUCAGCAGUAGCUGCCGCAUUCUAUCUCCGGCUGACAACAACCACACCGAGCACGGCACACAUGUUGCCGGCAUCGCCGCUGGCGUCUUUGUCGAGGGCGCAGAGGUCCUCGGCAACGGUAAGGGCGUCUCGGCCGGUAUGGCGCCCAAAGCUCACCUCGCCGUUUACCAAGUCUGCUCUGAAGGUGACUGUGCAGAUAGCGAUGUGCUCGCCGGAAUAGACCAGGCUAUAUACGAUCGAGUCGAUCUGAUUUCCAUUUCAUUUGGUUCUGAUGAUUCUCGGCCUUUUUAUGAAGACAGUGUGGCGAUUGGGUCUUACUCGGCGCUGAGACAGAGGAUAUUGACGGUAGCAGCGGCGGGAAAUGGUGGGCCGGUGGAGGGGACGGUGGCGAAUGAUGCGCCGUGGAUUUUGACGGUUGGGGCGAGUACUACUGACCGGAGGAUUACGGUGACGGUGAAGCUCGGAGACGGAACAGAACUUGUAGGAGAAUCAGCUUACCAGCCAAGCUAUUUCAAUUCAACGGAAGCGCUGCCUCUUACAUUCCCGGGAUUUGAAAUCCAGGGCGGCGGGAGUAAAGGUUGCAGAAACGAUUCGUUUGAUGGAGUUGAUAUUGGCGGGAAAAUCGUAUUGUGUGAGACUGGGUUUGGUGUGGAGAAUAUCGAGAAAGGUAAGAAUGUGAGAAACGCGGGAGGAGCUGCCAUGAUUGUGUUGAACCAAGCGGAGGAAGGAGAGACGACUUUAUCAGAAUCUCAUGUCCUUCCUGCAGCUCAUUUGAGCUACUCAGCCAGGUGUUCGAUCUUAUCAUACUACAAUUAUUCGGCGAAUUCGAAUCCUACGGCGGCUUUCGUAUUCGGCGGAACGAGUCUCGGUGCUCUUUCCUCUCCGGCGGUGGCAUCAUUUUCGUCGCGGGGGCCAAGCUUGCACAACGGUGGAAUUCUGAAGCCAGACAUCAUUGGCCCUGGCGUGAACAUAUUGGCGGCAUGGCCGAGCAAGGUCGGUCCUGAUAACCAUAUCACCACUUCGUCUACAGAACCAAAUUUCAAUUUUCAGAGCGGAACCUCUACAGCCACUCCCCAUCUUUCCGGAAUUGCAGCUCUUCUACGAAGCGUUCAUCCUCAUUGGUCUGCUUCGGCGAUCAAAUCAGCUAUCAUGACAUCAGCAGACACAGAAGAUGCAGAAGGAAACCCAAUCACAGAUCAGCUCAACAACGCCACUGCGGCCAGCCGCUUCGCCAUGGGAGCAGGACAAGUAAAUCCCUCAAAAGCCAAUAAUCCAGGACUCGUGUACAAUCUGCACUCGCACAGGUACAAACGUUAUCUGUGCGGGCUUGGAUACACCGACCGUCAAGUGACGACGAUCACCCAGCACCACGCCAGAUGCUGGAGGUACCGCCGUGAGCUCGGGCCGGAGCAGCUGAACUACCCGUCGAUAUCGGUUGCACUGGGCUCGCCGUCGACGAAGACGGUGAGUAGGUGGGUGAAGAACGUGGGAGAGGACAAUGCGACCUAUUAUGCCAAGAUUGAGAGGCCGGAAGGGGUAAAGGUGGAGGUUUUUCCUCCCAGGCUUUACUUUCCCCGGCGCUAUGAUGCCAGAAGGUUUCAAGUUGUGCUCACAGCAGAUAGGGGUAAGUUGGCCGGUGGUGGCGCAGCGGUGGGGCAGCUCUCCUGGGUUUCCGACGACCAUGUUGUGAAGAGUCCCAUAUCUGUCACCUUAACUUUGUAA